AUGGAGCCGCCAUUACCACAACUCAAUGGCUAUUGUGUCUUGCUAAUUCUAGGCUUUGGAUUUAGUGCGUUGAUGCUUAUUAUAAACGCAUUACAGAGGCGCUAUGGGAACAAGGUCCAAACGGCUGAAGAGUUCAACUCUGCCAGUAGAUCUGUGCCUACCGGUUUAAUCUCAAGCGGAGUUGUCUCUGCAUGGUGCUGGAGUGCUACUUUGCUUACGUCAACUUCUAAAACUUACUCCUACGGAUUGCUAGGCUCUUACAGCUACGCAACUGGUGCCUGCUUGCAAAUUUUAGUCUUCUCAGUCUUGGCAAGUAGUAUGAGAAUACGAUGGCCUUACGCGCAUAGUUUCGUCGAAAUAGCAGGUGCACGAUGGGGCAAGAUAGGCCACUAUGUGUUUCUCAGCUUCGCGCUUUCCUGCAAUUUGAUAGUCAGUGCGAUGCUUAUUGUCGGUAUUUCCGAUACUCUCCAUAGUCUCACAAAUGUUCCUGUCAUGGCGGCAGUAUGGCUUACACCACUGAGUGUUUCUAUCUACAUCAUGAUUGGGGGUCUAAAGGCAUCACUUAUUGCAGAUUACCUACACACCAUCGUCCUCUACGGCGUCAUUAUAGGCUUUUGCUUCUACACCUACACAUCAGCUCCUGAAGUUGGCUCGCUUGAUCGUCUUUACGAUAUGCUGGUCGAUCAGGCUUCACGUCAUCCUGUCGAAGGUAAUGCGGAUGGUUCGUACCUGACGUUUCGCUCAUUAGGAGGCAUCACGUUUUUUUUCAUCAACCUAUGCGGUAACUUCGGCACAGUGUACUUAGAUCAAGCAUAUGUCAACAGAGCAGUGGCAUCACAACCGCGUUCAAUCACGAAAUCAUUUGUUAUAGGCAGUAUGUGUUGGUAUCCCAUUCCAUUUGCUUUGGCAACAUGUCUCGGUUUAGCUGGCGCGGCACUCAAGAACUCGGAUGCGAUUUCUUCUUUGUCAUCGGCAGAAGUGACUGCUGGCCUACCUGCAUCAGCAGCUGCAUCAGCAUUGAUGGGAAAUUCGGGUGCGAAUGCAGUAUUAAUCAUGCUCUUCCUUGCAUCCACAGCGGCAUCCUCCGCUGAGCUAGUCGCAGUCUCGACACUUGUAACUUACGAUGUCUUCAAUAGAGUAAAGCCGAACGCAACUGAUAAGCAGACAUUAUUCGUCUCACACGCUAGCGUUGCUGGUUUUGGUAUCUGCCAGGCCGUGCUUGGAAUUAUAUUUUACUAUAUCGGUAUCGGAAUGGGGUGGCUGUAUGAGCUGAUGGGCAUUAUUCUAUGUCCUGCCGUUGCUCCUUUGAUUUGCUGCAUUAUGUGGAGUAAAGCCAAUAAAGUUGCUUGCAUAGGUGCAACUCUCAUCUCACUUCCUCUCGGUAUUAUUGCAUGGAUAGUCACGGCAUAUAAGCUAAAUAAUGGCGUUGUCGAUAAGACAACAACCGGACAGGACUUCCCGAUGCUUGCAGGGAACACAGUAUCAUUCGGGCUUUCUAUAAUUAUUUCAGUCGUUGGAUCCCUGAUUUCCCCUGAUAAUCAUGACUUUGAAAAGACUAAAGACACUGGCAGGAAGGCAGUGAAAGAGUCAGAAGCACAUGUUGCACCCCCAGAACAAGAAGUUGUCGUCGAAACUCUUCAAGCAGAUGAGAAAUCCUUCAAGGAUGUAGAGGAAGCCACACCUGAGCUUAGCGAUCUAGACUCACACAAUACUAGUCAAGGGAAUCUCAGUUCAGCUGACAUUGAAUAUUUGACACGAUCGAUAAAGCUGGCUGCGUUUUCUUCGCUUCUCUGGGUUACAGUUAUGAUAUUCACAGUAACUUUCGCACUCUAUGGCACAGGCUACAUCUUGCCAAGAGCGGGAUUUAAGGCUUGGGUAAGUAUCGGCCUAGCAUGGUUGAUGGUUGGGGCAAUAUACAUUAUCUUCACGCCAAUCUUGGAAUCAUUGACGAGUUUGAAGAGGAUGACCCGAGGGAUAACGUUAGAUGUCUUUACUUUGGGAAAUUGUCGUCAAAAUAAAUAG